AUGCCAAGUGUCUCCCUUUCCAAGGUGCAUAAGCACAUUUCCAAGAAGCGCGGCGCUAUGAACUCGAUGCACGAGAAUAGCCGUGACGCCAAACGUCUGCGCCGUGCGGGCUCCCGAGAGGAACGAGUGUCCCACCAUGCGGGAAUGACCCUCAAAGCUCGCCAGCCAUACAUGGAGCGCAUUAAGUAUUUCCACGAUGUCGUUCAAACUGUCGAGGAACCCUUGUCCGAUGCCCAGCUCGCCGAGAUGAUCCAGAAGUGCAUCCACCGAGACCAAGAAGAAAUCGUACAGCUCAAGUCCGAGCGCCGAAAAGGUCGGCCACCCACCAGACGAGAGGAGCUUUUGAGCCAACGGACAGAAACGGAGGAGAAGGAAUUCAAGACUGGGUUCUGGCUGCCCGACAUGGGAGAUGCAGAUGUACUGCACGCUUUGAAGCACUGGAACGGCAUUUGGGCCGGACUCAGCUCAGUGAAGUUCAUUCGAAUCACACAAGAAGGAGCCAAGCAGGCCUCAACCUUCCCACCCAAAGGCAUGUCAUGA